CGGACUGGUUGGGAAAUCUGUACACAGUGGAUCCAAUCUCCUGUACCCUCAGCUAUCUGGUUAAAUGCUUCGUAGUGGAAAUACCAAUAUUAACUAACAGUGCAGCUACUGUCCUUUGCCCCGAACCAAGGUUGCAGCCAUGUCGUGGUUGUUGUCUGGGGUUGCUGAGUAAUACUCGUCCACAACAGCGUCCCGCCCAGCCAAUUUCCUCCCCAACUUCCGCUCGACCAGAAGCAAACUUGUUCCAUCUUCAUUCAGUUUCAUCCGUUUCCAUCUUCUGGUCGUCUCCGUCUCUCCCUUUUCCUCUCAUUAAUCUCCUUUCUUUCCCCCCCCUCUCGCUCUCUCCCCUUCUCCCUCUCUCUAUCUCUCUAGAGCCACUCUUGUAACCACCCGACUCGCCCUCCUCUCUCCUGGAGCGGGAGGUUGAAUCCACUUUCUAAUGUCACCUACGGGCCUGGCGGAUCGUCUGCGGCCUCAAUCAGUCAGAGAACGUUCUGACCUGCUCUUACCACCACUGUAGGCCUCCACCAUGGUUUGGCGGCUGCCUGGUGCCCGCUCUCCUCUUCCGACCAGCGUUGCCCUCCUCCUUCUCCCGCUCUUGGCCGCUCAGCAGCAGCAGCCUCUUGCCCACGAUGUCGAACCGUUACAUCCUCAUUUCCGAGACACCUACGUCCAACCACACGCUCAAUCACACUCACUCGCAAACUCCAACGAUGCGAGCGCCGUAGCAACUGUUGCUCUGGCGGCCACCAGCCCCGCCGUUCGAGCACCUCCUGCCCAGGCCAGCUCAAAUGCUGGUCCGGUUCCGCAGCUCCAAGCGCGAUCCUUGCAGGAUUGGGAGGUUGAGGACUUUGUCCUCUUGGCGACCGUCGAUGGAACCAUCCACGCGAGGGAUCGAAAGACAGGGGCCCCACGAUGGGCCCUCGAGGUUCCAAGCAGUCCAAUGGUGGAAACAAUCUACCACCAGUCCAACCGGUCUGGAUUUGCCGAUGCGCAACCGGAGGAUGAUUUUAUUUGGAUUGUAGAACCCAGCCGGGAUGGAGAGCUUUAUAUAUACAAUCAGGCCCCCAAUGGAGGUCUCCAGAAGUUGGGUUUGACCGUGAAAGCUUUGGUUGACGAGACUCCAUAUUCCGGGAUCGACCCUCCCGUUACCUAUACCGCUAGAAAGGAAACAACCCUCUAUACCGUAGAUGCUCGCACCGGCGCCAUUAUUCGUGUCUUCAGUUCUCGAGGUUCCACCACCGCAGCAGAGCAGAGUUGCCGUCGUGUCAAUGAUCUAGAGGUUCUCGAUGAUGAGGAAUGUGAAACAAAGAAUGGCACGCUCACCCUUGGCCGGCUCGAGUACAUGGUGACCAUUCAAAAUACAGAAACUGGAAAUCCCAUUUGCACUAUCAAAUAUUCUGAAUGGGGCCCGAACAAUCGGGAUAUUGACCUCCAAAGCCAAUAUUUCCGAACAAUGGACAAACGACACAUCUACAGCAUGCAUGACGGUGUCGUCUUCGGAUUCGACCAUUCAAAGGUGGACGGACGUCGUUACACCCAACGAUUUACUUCUCCUGUUGCGCGGGUUUUUGAUGUGGCCCGCCCUGCUCGCCCUGACUUGCCAGACACGUCCCUUGUUCUCCUUGCCCAACCACUUAUUCCUCCAGAUGACAGCUUUGGCGCUAAUACGCCUGAAGAUCGAGAGUCCCGUGUUUUCAUAAACUGCACGGAGAAUGGUGGCUGGUAUGCCAUGUCGGAGGCCACGUAUCCUCUUGUCACAGGACGUGCCAGACAAGCGGAAUGCUACGAAAAGGACUACCUCAUCAGCGAGAAACCUUUGAUGAGCCACAGCCUUGCACAACAAAGGGCUGCGUUGGUUGGUGUCCACUCUCUCAAUGAGCCGUCAGGCAAAUAUCAACGAACUAUUCCUAGUAUCUCUGGGCCCCCAGCCGACUUGUCGAAUGAUACCCCCCGAGAUAUUGCGAGAGUUCCACCCAAAGCACCUCCCCUACCUACCAUUAGACCUGGCCAUCUUAUUCAAAAAGGGUGGGACAAUGUCGUUGAUGUCAUUGUUACCCUAAUACUCCUCACUUUUGGGACAUUUCUUUACUUCAACUCAAACAAUUUACAGGAGCUUGCGAAACAGAAACUUGAUCUUAAAAAUGUCAUUUCUAUCAAUGGGAAGACUCUGCCCACGGCUCCUUCUACACCGAUAAUCACCUCAACGCCGCGAAUUCCUCCGGGUUUUGUUGUGAAUAAGGUGCCGUCUUCCCAUGACGUGGAUCAUGCACUUGAACCUGGCGUUACUGUAGAUAUCACCGUCCCAACCCUCGACCAGGGUGGUGAUAAUACGCGUCGACCGACGUCACAACAUCCAAUCGAGGAUAAUAAUUCAACACCUAGAGUCAGGAUCCAGGAACCUGUUCAAAAUAAUAAUGAGGACGACGACGUUGAAGAGCUAACCCUGCUUCAAACGCCGGAGAAAGCGAAGAAAAAGGCUCGCCGUGGAAAGCGGGGUGGUGUGGCGCAUAAACGUGGCAAGAAGAGUCGGAACCAGAAACAGGAUGAAGACGCAGAUGGUAGGACAUCCACGGAGCCCCCAUCCGAAAAUGACCACACUGAGAUCGUGAGGCGGCCAGGGCUCGAGAGGCAACUUUCGCGAACUAUUUCAGCAGAGCUGAUGGAAAUGGAUGGGUCAAUUAGAAUCGGCCAACUAAAGGUUCAUACAGAUACAGUUCUGGGCCAUGGUAGUCAUGGCACCGUGGUCUACAAAGGCUCGUUUGAUGGUCGUGAUGUGGCAGUCAAAAGGAUGUUGGUGGAAUUCUACGAUAUUGCAUCUCACGAGGUUGGUUUACUGCAGGAAAGUGAUGACCAUAAGAACGUCAUUAGAUACUUCUGUCGAGAGCAAACCGCUGGCUUUCUAUACAUUGGACUGGAACUCUGUCCCGCUUCGUUACAGGAAGUGGUAGAAAAGCCAUUUGAUUAUCCCACUCUUGUCAACGGAGGGCUCGACGUACCCGAUGUUUUGUGGCAAAUCACCGCUGGAGUCCGAUAUCUCCAUUCACUAAAAAUUGUCCAUCGCGAUCUAAAACCCCAAAAUAUCCUCGUGGCCGCACCCAAGCCCCGAACGGGUUCGACUUCUCUUCGGUUGCUGAUCUCCGAUUUUGGAUUGUGUAAAAAGCUGGAAGAUAAUCAAAGUUCUUUCAGAGCUACUACUGCACACGCUGCUGGGACGUCUGGUUGGCGCGCUCCUGAACUUCUUGUUGACGACGACCAAACCGUUCCAAACAUUUCAACCUGGGACAAUCAGAGCGCCGACUCCUCGGAACCUGCAGUCGUUGAUCCCCAAACAAACCGAAGGGCAACACGUGCCAUUGAUAUAUUCUCUCUGGGAUGUGUAUUUUACUACGUGUUAACUCGUGGGGGUCAUCCAUUUGACAAGGACGGCAAAUUCAUGCGCGAGGCGAAUAUCGUCAAAGGAUAUCAUAACUUGGAUGAAUUGCAGAAACUCGGAGACUACGCGUUCGAAGCUGAUGAUUUGAUCCGGCAAAUGUUGUCUCUGGAUCCACGGCGUCGCCCUGAUGCUACCACCGUAAUGCUGCAUCCUUUCUUCUGGCCGCCCGCGGAUCGCCUUAGCUUCCUCUGUGAUGUAUCAGACCAUUUCGAGUUCGAACCACGCGACCCUCCAUCCGCAGAUCUUCUCUGUCUUGAAUCCGUCGCUCCGGAUGUCAUGGGCUUGGAAAUGGAUUUCCUCAAACUAUUGCCAAAGGACUUUAAAGACAGCCUUGGCAAACAGCGGAAGUACACAGGGUCGAAGAUGCUUGACCUUCUGCGCGCUCUUCGGAACAAACGUAAUCAUUACAACGAUAUGCCGGAACAUCUUAAGGCUCAUAUUGGAGGGCUACCGGUGGGCUAUCUUCAAUUCUGGGCUGUGCGGUUCCCCAGCCUGCUGAUUAAUUGCCACUGGGUGGUUAUGCAGCUGGGUCUAACAAAGGUGGAGAGGUUCAAGCGCUACUUCACACCGCCUGUGUGAAGAAGUAAGAGAGUUUUUUUUUUAUUAUUUUUUUAAUUUUUUAAUUUUCUUUUAUUUAAAACAGGAUGGAUUGUUCUCAGCAAAUGAUACGAUUAUUAUGAAAUCUAGACGAUAAGUAUUGAUAGAAUAUUCAUUUUUCAUUGUUUCGUCAACGGAAAUUUAUUGUAGGAUAUGAGACAUGAUGGAGGCUUUUUUUUACAUUGUGUUAUUAGAAUUGGAAAUACGUGGUACUUCCCCCCCCUUUUUUUUACUCCUCCAUUCACAAACUGAGGUAAAAAGACAGUUGUAGGCCUUCCCUAGAGUGUAAUUCCCCACAAUACAGGAAGCAUAGCUUGUAGAAUUACUCAAUAAUUAUCCCAGGCUUAAAAUGAACUACUUUUCACUCAGAGAUGUUAAUGGCUUUUGGUGGUUGCAAUGGCCUGGUGCUCAGACAGCAGUCAUUUAACUACCGUACGCGUGGGUGUUGGGUGAGCAAAUUGCCAGGGCAAAGAUCGCGCGAUGUUCACAGCGCGCACUCUAAAGUUGACCUAAUG